AUGACAGACGUCGACGUCUUCCGCGAUGCAGAGUACAUCGCUGACGUAUCAAGAAUCUCCUUCCACGAUGACCCGGAGAGCGACUCACCAGCCGGAACUGGUCCGCCCAGCGCCCAGGACCGCAGUCGCGUAAAGAAGGCCCAGUCCACAGCGAAGAUCGCUUUCAUUGACCGACUACUUCGGGACCUGGAUAUUCUAAUAUACUGUCAAUUGUCUGCGCUGUAUUAUAUGGACUGUUCCAUAAUUCUCUUCGCUAUCCGUGCUAUGGUCGAGCUUAUCUUCUUCACGCCUAAAGCGGCCCCUUUCGUACCUUCCCGAAACCAACCGUUCGUGACCGCGAUCAUCGGCAGUAACCUCUUCUGUAUCCUGUUCCACGCCUUCUUCAUUCGACCCGAGGCCGGUGAAGCUACACGCGGCUAUUUGCAUGGCGGAAUUUUCAUCGACUUUAUCGGACAGAAGCCCGUGCCUGUCUUUCAACUCAUAUCCUUCGAUAUCGUGAUCUUCCUUGUCGACUUUCUCAUGCUAGGACUGAUCAUCGAGCGGGUGAAAACAGCAGCACUAAAUCCUUCAACAAAUACCACCACGACCACUUCAACAAAUGCCGAUACGAGUACCGGAACGGACGAAGCUAGCCAGACAGCUGUGCAAGAUCACGAUGCGGAAGAACGGGGAGUUAUGCGGGCCGAAGAAGCGGAUGCGAACAACUUAAAUGCAGAGGCAGAUAUCUCCUCAUCUCCGCCCGUCGAAAUAGAUGUUGAUUUCAAUGAUGAACGGACGACACUCCUCGCUGACCCCGAUGACGACACUGCAAUUCGGGACAGCCACCCUCUUGACUCUUACUCUUCGGGCAUGGCGGUGAUUAUGGAAAUGGGAUUUUUUACGACAAUACGAGAUCAAUGGAUGCACUCGAAUAGACCGCAGCGACCGGCGGGUUUUGUGCCAUCAACGGAGACGGCGACAUUCCUGCGACAGCGCUUCGGGUUACAGGUUGGGACUGAUGGCCGGAUCGUUCGAGUAAAUGGAUAG